AUGGGUUUCUCAAGGUUGGAUUUGACUUUAGACUCGCGUGAGGAGAUAAGAUGUAAAGUAAAAUUUCAACAUGUAAUAAAGAAAACUCUUCCAAAAAUUCACUUUUCCAAGGACGAGGCGGAGGCUCUGUUGAUCGUUUACUACAAACUGACCAAGAGAAGACCCAUGGACCGCAAAUACUUCAGGGACGUCAUGUUCAAGUUGUUUGACUAUUCCAACGACGUGUUGAUAGAGAGGAUAUACUCCGUCUUUGGAGAUGCUGCGAAUAAAACGGAGCUAACGAUGGAGUCUUGGGUGCUCGGGCUGUCCGUCAUCUGCCGCGGCACUCUCGAGGAGAAGAUCAAAUACUGCUUCACCGUCUACGACAUGAUGGGCGACGGAAUGCUGAGGAAAGACUUCAUGCUGAUCGCGCUCAAGAAUAACUUUCGUGACGACGAGAGCAAAGAACUCUUGUUGGACUUGAUAGAAACUCUCGUGAAGAAAAUGGACGUCGACAUGGAUGGAGUAAUCAGUUACGAAGACUACAGAAAUUCCGUGUUGAAGAACAACUUCCUGCUGGAGCCGUUUGGCUACUGUGUGCCUUCUAGAGCCGCGAUAUACACAUUCCUGACCACCAUGACUAGUCUGGUGACGACCAUGCAUUCAAACAAGACCAGUCGCAGCAACCUCGAACUGGUACCCUCUAAAACCAAGUUUACUAAAAUGUAA